AUUUCCUUUAAAAACAACGCUUGAAAUGGAAAAUGCGUGACAGGAAAAAUUACUUUUAUAAUUGAAUAUUAUAAUGGAAUCUAAGAAAAUGUCUCACGAGGACAUACCCUCCAUUGUGGAAACAUUUCGUAGUCCAUACGAAAGCAACGUAGAAUGGGACCUGAGGAGAGCUUUUAUGAUAGCUAACUAUGGUACAGUCAGCAAUGAGUCCUUAGUGUGCCUAGCCAAUUGUUAUUUGAAUGUUGAGAUGUAUGGAUGUAGGUAUCCUAUGUUAGUAAUGGAUAAAAUUAAAGAAAUGAGCAGUGAUCUCAACUCUCACAACUCAAUGAAGAUGGAGAAUGUGCCAAAGAGACUAAAGGGUUUAGAGACUGUUAAGUUUGUAAAGCAAUCGGACGCACAACCAGUUAAAAAACAGACUGAAAAAUCCUCUUUUAGUGGUGAACCAAGUGCUAAAGAGAAAACAACGAACAGAUUCUCUGUAGCUUCAUCUGGGAAACCCCCAAACCAGGCUUCAAAUUCAAACAAUGCACAAAAGGCAGCUAGCAAAAUGACUGUUGCACCAAAUUUUCACUUCGUGAAAGCCAGCACAGAAUUUCACAGCACAGAUGUGGCCACAGAAAGUGUGAAACAGAAGAUGAAGGAAGAAUUUCUAGAGAGUUGUCAACCUCAGCCUGUUGUGCAUCCGCAAAUGACUGCACAGAACUCUCAACAGAAAUCAGGAUUAGGGUUCUCCAAGAAGGGGAAAUCCACAAAUAAAGGUCCAGAAGUUCCCGCCAACUCGUUCAUAAGUGAAGAAGAGAAUCAGUUUCAUGCAUUUGCCAAUCAUUAUGCCACCUACAGGAAGAACCAUCCACAGCGAUCUCCAGUGGACAUUUUUCAUAUGGUUGCCACAAAAACUAGGAUGAAGAUCGACGCACAAUUCAGUGAUGUUUCUGUCAAAGGACAGCCUAAGUUUGUCUGCACAGUUAUCAUUGACAAUGUCGUAGUAGCAACAGGGGAGGAUUCUAAUAAGAAGGGUGCUAAGAACAAGGCCUUUGAAAUAGGACAAGAAAAACUUUCAAGGAAAUACCUGAAGGUAGUGAGAGUUAACCCUGAAAAACAGGAACUUCAGGCCUUUGAUGAAGAACCAGAAAGCGAACCAGGAUUUAUAGCAGAAGAACCAGUUGCUGUGGUGCCCAAACCUGGAUCCCGUAAGAGAAAAGAGAGUGAACUCCAUGGAGAUUUAACCAGAUUCAUCAUCUUUGAGAGAUCAAACCCAGAGGCUGAACAGAAUGCUGUAUCCAUACUACAGAACAGUGCUGCUAUGAACCAUGCCAACCUGGAAUAUGAUUUUCAUGUGGACAUGUCAGGAACACGUUGCAGGGUGUUGUUAGAGGGACAUAAUUUGGUGGAGUACAUGGGCACCACCAAAGCUACAUCUAAAUCUGUGGCUUCGGAGAAAGCCCUAGAGAGACUGAGGCAGAUCUGUUAUACCAUCAAAAUCAAGCAGGCAGUGGAUUCCAGUGAAGCUGAUGUUGGACGAGACGAGGUGAUGGGGGAAAUUCAGAAACAGGUUUUAGCCAUUCCUGAUGACAACAUAGGCAGCCGUCUGCUUAAGAAGAUGGGUUGGACAGGGGGCGGAGUCGGAGCAGAAGGAAACAAGGGAUUGGCUGAACCUGUAGCUGUCACCUUGACAAACCACACCCUCCUCAAUAGACAAGGUCUGGGACUACAUGGAGACCACGCCAAGGCCAUGGUGGACUUCAAAAAGAAAAUUACAGAAGUGAUAAACAAUUACGCCAAGUCGGACAAGCAGGAAGACCUAGCCUUUGCUCCAGAGUUCAGCAAGGAAGAGCGGGCCUUCAUCCACCAGCAUUCUCAAAAGCUGGGACUGAAAACUCAAAGUAGAGGUUCAGGUAAUGAGAGGUAUUUAACUAUUUCUCGCAAAAGAAGUGUUUCACAAUUGUUUGAUCAUAUCAUGGAAGAAGGGGGGUCUACGCAGAAGUAUGAGCUUAUUGCUCCCUUGUAUGACUCGUAAAGAUCAUGAAAAAUCAGUGUUAAAUCCCUUUUUUGACUUUUUGUGCCAUUUUUUCCCCCUGUGUGCAUGCA